CUAUGCCUUAACAGUUUUGCGUUGUUCCUACUUAUUACUUAAGACGCACAAAAUGACUGCAACAUGAGGACCUGGGUAGAUGACAACAUGAGUUUUGGAGUUUCCAUUGUGUUACACAUACACUGCUCUAGGUCGCAUUCUCAGCUUCUCAAAGACUGCACGACCAAAAAAUGAUGAAACGGACGAGAGUGAAGAUGGUAACACAAAAGAAUGAAAGACCGAUCUAAAAUUUGAACAAAGUAGCACAUAUUUCCCUUUUGCUCGCGUCUUUUUCCUGCUUAGGCGGGUCUAACCACAAGAACAGUGGGCAUAAGGUAUUAUUUCACAUACGAAAGCUAGUAGGAAGGGGAAAAACAAGGAGCUACUAUACUUGAUUCUAUAAUUUCUACAACGUCCUCUUCCUCUAUUGAUUGGUUUCCUAGAGUUAUCAAAAAAUGGAGACCAAGGCAGGCGAAGGCGGUGGCGACUCUGAGAAGUACAUAGAGGAACAUGUGCACCCGCUUUUGGAGCGCCUUGGCGAGGCCAUGGCUGCCGAAAUGCCGGAGGAAGCGGAAGUUUUCGUUCUUGAGUGGCUUGCCAAGGAGGUUGGGGGUACAAAUGUGCCUGCAAAGUUAUGGAGACUCAAAAUAGUUCUAGUUAAUCACAAUCUUCAUCUUCACAGGUAGGUGUGUGGGUUCUUGCUGCUAUCUAUUUCAUUCUUGCGGAUGCUGAGAACGAUUUUGGAGGUAGAAGGUGUUUGUUUCUAUCGUUUUGAUCGCUAACAAAGGCAUCGGCGGCUGGAGCAAGUUCGCCUAAAAAUGGUGGCGUUACUCAACAGCAACGACGCGAGUAUGUGCAGAAAGAGGUGUCCCCAAUGUUGUGGCAGAUUACGUACGAUUGUCUCACUUCCAGACCGCAAAACGUGCCAGUGUUUCUGCUCGAGAAGAUGAGGAAAAGGAAUAGGAAGAACUCGGUACUAGACUUCUGAACGUAUACAUGUGCUCGAUGACUUACCGCUAGCGCGAUAUCUUUUGUCAACGUAGGACGAGGAUGUAUCUAUUACAGUGUAUUAGUUACGUAAGCGUAAAAUUUCUCAAUCAACAUGCUCCAGGUCCGCCAUUCCCAGAACUCUCAGCAUUCGAACGAGAGUCAGUUUUCUAGUGAUAGCGAGGCUGAUAUUGACGAAUCAGAAGUGGAACGAAUGCAGCGAAUGAUGACUGACAGAAGGAUUGGGGUGUCAGCCGAAAAAAUGACCGAAGCUGAGAUGAAGAAUUGUUAUGAUUUCUGGUCUUUCUCUUACAGUGUCCAUCCUUUUGGUAUCUAUGAUGUUGAUACGUCAAGAACGUGUGCACCCGACUCUGAUUCGGAUGCACGCGUGCGCAUGUCUCUUCUCGUUCAGAAUUGGAGGUUUUUUUUUUUUCCACCUCUGACCAAGAUCCCCAGCCCAAGAGGCCUCGCUAAUUCUCGGUCCCUCCUUGUUUCGGGAAGACAGCAGAGGAACGUGUGAAGCUGAAAGGGCUUAUCCGAAGGUCGAAAGACGGAAAAAUGCACAUGCUGUUUGGUCAGGUUAGUGAAACAACACUAGAAAAAGUGAUCGAUGCUGUAGAACUACGGAAAAUCAGCAACGGAACUGACGUGAUCCGACAAGACGAAGAAGGCGAUUUUUUCUACAUCGUGAACGAAGGUCAGUUUGACAUCUACGUGCGCAGCAGCAGUGGUGCGUUGUGUGCCGGGAAUUCGUCUAGUAGUUCAUCAUCUUCGACCCCUUCUGGAGCAGCUUUGCCAGCACUGGGCCAGAAGGUUUUUGAAGCUGGUCCUGGCUUUGCUUUUGGGGAGUUGGCUUUGUUGUAUAAUGCGCCCCGCUCAGCGACGAUUCGAGCCAGUAAAGACAGCGAAGUGUGGAGGCUGGAUCGACAGGCCUUUAGGAUGCUUGUGGUCACAGCACAAGAGGAGAAGAUGAAAGAAUACAUCGCUUUUUUGAAGAUUAUGGAGCGAGUGAAGGACUUCGUUCUCAGAUAGUAAGUAGCAACCCUUGUUGUAUUAUGGGUGUAGGGAAUUCAUCUCCAAAGUCAUCUGGAAGAGAAAGACAAGAGGAAAAAGGGACCCAGAUGAUCCAUGAGAUGAAUUCCCGGCACCUGUAAUUGUAGUUGAAGAUACUACUUGCACUUUGUGGAUAGAUCAUUGCCUACGUACCGCCAAAAUAGUAGAGCAUAGCAAAAAGAAAAAUCGUACAACAAGUCGAAGUACCUUCUUCACUUCGACUCCACCCCUCUUUCCUCUCUAACACCCAAGUGAACAUCUUCGAGUCUCUUUCGCAAAGCGAGCUCGCCAGAUUAGCUGAUGUCGUUCAAGAGGAGGACUUCGAGAUGGAUGAGGCGGUGAUCGAGCAAGGUGCGAUCGAUAACAGCAUGUUCAUUGUUCUCAAGGGGUCUUGUGUAGCGUGUAUCCAGAAAGACGGCGAGGAAGAGCUGGAGGUGAUGCAGUAUGGGGUGGCGGAUUACUUUGGGGAAAUUGCGUUGCUGAAUAAUACACCGAGGUUAUGCCGAUAGUUACCCUUUUCUCUUUUCUAUCUUCCUCUGGUCUGUCUUUUUUCUAGUUAGGUCGGCUCCGCCACAAAUAUAACCUGUAACCUAACCUACUUAACCAAGAAGGCUCACUCCACCUCCACCUCAACCUUUUAGAGCCACUUGCUUCGUUACAACUUGUCAAAGAUGAAAUGCCCCUUUUCUAACACCUCAAGCCAGCGUCUACGCAACCGGAAAGGAGACGGUUUUGUUGAUGGUGGAUUCUCACAGUUUUCGACGUAUCUUAGGUCCCAUACGAGAUAUCUUAAAGCGAAAUGUCGACAACUAUCGAAAAUACGAAGACUUUUGCUCAGGCGUUGAUGAGGACGAUGCGGAACCAGUGGUUUUUACUUUUUUAUCCUCACAUGGUUGAUUGGGUUUUGAUUCAAAGUACGAUGAUGUCGUUUCUUUUCAGUUAUUUCCGUGCUGGCAAUAGUAGAUCAGUUCUGACCAUAUAAGCCUCGGGAAAAAUUAUGGUCUAAUAAUCCGGGGAUAAAUUCACACUCACACACACGGUACCGCGACAACCUAUUCAGACAUCCAACAAGCGAACCAGCGGUGUUGUGGCUACGCAGAAAGUAGUUUCUCAAAGACGGUAUCGAGUCCGCGCAGACAAUGCAGCUCUCCGAAAAUCGACGUCUCCGACUAAUGCUGCUAGGGGGAUGAUGGUCAUGCUCGAAGAAAAAGAGCCGGAAACGUUGAAGGAGAAGGUAGUGAAUUUGUGAAUGCCUGUUUUUGUGAGUUUUGAAGAUCUGCAUUUUUUGGUACUUCCUUCGCGUUGGCGAGCUUUGACGAUCUUGUAGCACUGUAUUGCUUCUAUCAUUUACAGUGUUGCCUAUUAAUUCUCCCCAACCCCCACCACAGAUCGAAGCCGAUUUCAAGCGGCCAGCAUUGGUUGAGCCGAAUGACGCUUUUACCAUCAGAGGCACCGCCAUAUCGGUGUUUGGAAAAUUGCGUGCCAGUCAAAAAUUCAAAGAUGACAAGCCUCUGUCAAUUGUGACGGGAGAAAAAGUCACGAAGCAAGAGGCGCCGGUGGCGGUGGGUGGUACUUCACUUUUAUAGAGGCAUGAUUUUGGCUCGAGCGAUAUAUUUCCAUUCUCGCCUUGCCUUGCCUUACCGCCUCUACGUUUGAAAAGGGGCCGAGACACUAGCUAGGAAAACCACUCCGAGGCGAUAAAGUUGGCCACUUUGUUGCCAAGGCUCAAGGGUUGAAGCAUGCCGCUACCCUCAGAAUGCGCGCAGGGGGGUAUAAGUCCCGGGAAAGAACAGCACCCAAAGAAUUGGAGGGGCAGCCCGUGGCGCUUAGCCUGGUGGGCGCGGCCGAGCAGCUGCAGGAGCCACGGGCGGGCUGACAUGUGAAAGCCGCGGGCGGUGCAUGCCGUUGAGUGUUUCAUGAGCACGAAGCCGGCAGAACUUGCGGAAAAUCUUUACCGGGUACCCGUCUGCUGAUGGGUUGAAAUUACCACCAAAGCGCACACAGCUACCAGGUGGGGGCACUGGCUUCAUGGCGUUCGAAAAGGAGCGCGAUGGGCUUGCGGGUGUGUAGGCUGCCGAAAAAUGAUAAGGCAACGCGGGGGGCACGCUUGGAGGUGGCGCCAACUCUGGCGAGGGUACUAGGGGCCUGCUCGGUGGCAAAGCUUGAGGGCUCGGCGCGGUUCGGGGUAUCGUGUUGAGGCGGGAACGGGGGAAGAGCGAUGGGAAGCAGGCAGCAAAAUGGGAGGCGAUGGCCGUGCGAACUCGGCGGCUGUGCGGAAGGGGGGCGCCUUGCGUGUUUGCCGGGCCUCCGCCACGGGCUUAGGCUUGCCAAGAGGCGAGGGGCCACCUGGGUGCUGGAAAGCGAUGGCGUGCUGAGCUCCGGGGGGUGUGUAAAUAGGCGAGGGCCGCGGACGCGGUUGUGGCUGGAGCUUGCGAGGGAUGCGGCAGAAACAUGGGCGAGAGACUAGAUUCCGGCACGCGUGCGGCGCUUCUGCCCUUUCUCUCAGCAUUGGGCUAAGCCUCAGCGGGCCCGCGUAGCCGACCGCAAGCGGAUGGGCUGUUUUCUUUAUAGCAGCAGGCCUCGGCCCAGCGAGGCCAAACGUCCGCCGGGGUGAGCGGGUGGCCCCCGUGGCUCCCCUGCUGGUUGUCGCUUGGUCGUGUAUGGUUUUUCUUCUUCGCGGGAGGUAUCAGACAGGGUCUUUCUUUGGGCUAGGCGUAGCCAGGCGGUUCUUCCUCUCCCAUGUCUCUUCAUUCAGAUUGUGAUCUUCUCGUACCCUCGUUGCAUGAGCAUAAGUUCCACCGUCAUCGCGAAGCGUAUAAUCGUUCACUAGCUACUACUACUUCCUGUUUGUGAGUUUGUUCCUUUGAGGCUUGGAAUUGUGAAAGAGAAUGAACAACUUAUUCUCCUUGCCAAUCUAUGCAACCAUAACGCCACCAUUGUUCAGAUGAGCCGACCUCUCCCACCUCCGCACCGGUCAGCGCCUCUUAUUCCUACUCUGUGCCCUCGCAGUUGAAGGGCCCGACCGCAGUAUCUAUUGUCCUGCAGAAAGGACAGAAACAUGCAUUCGAUCCGACACCGAAUCAAGACAACUUGUUUUACCACUCAUUGGCGGAUGGAACCUUGCUCCUGGGUGUGUGUGACGGGCACGGACCUUUUGGGCAUAUUGUGUCAUUACGGACGGCGCAGACGUUGCCACAUUUCGUGCUGAAGAGCGAACAUUACAGUACUUCUAAGUACUCUUUCGCACUGUUGUACUAUACCUAUAUUUUUUAUUCACCAAUUUCUUGAAGUCAAUAGGUACUAACAGAUCAAAAUUACUCUAACGAGAACGGCUACAACCCAAUCAAUACGACCUCGGCCCCCACCAUCACUCCACAGUGGUCGACUGGGAAAAGUGUUUAAAGGACGCCUUUGCCAAGAGUAUGGAGGAUUUGGGACAAUUUUCUGCCAGAGAGAACGUAAACUUUGACGUUUCUGGUACCACUGCUGCUGUCAUGAUCCGACAUGAACAACAAAUCCACCUAGCGUGGGUUGGGGACUCGAGUACUAAUAAACUUCCUUUUUGUUCACCUCUCCAUGACGAACAUCCGAGUACUCCAUACUUCAGCGACAACAUGAGUCCUACUGUUCCAGCUACUUUUUCCUCUAUAUUGAACAUCAGAACCUUCUCUUUUUCCCCCAUAAUAUAUUCAACAAAACCUCCAGAUAUCCUCCUCGCAUCGUACAACCGGCACGACAGUACGGAGGUUUUCUCCUCUCGGGCACAUGUGCCGGAGACGGAGAAAGAGCAAGUAGAAAUGUCAGGGGAUGCUGAGGUGCGUGAAAUUGCGGAGGGGAGUUACAGAAUAUAUCUGAAGGGAACCAACGUUCCAGGCCUGACGAUGAGCCGAGCUUUGGGAGACUUCAUUUAUGAAGGGAAUCAAGAAUAACAUACUAGGUAACUUCUUGCACGAAGUAAUGAGUAGCAAUGUAGAACGAAGUAAUCAGUCGUCAAGUCUUUUAUACCCCUGGAGUGGGUACAUUCACUCAUUCACUGACUACACUCACUCCAUACCAGCUUACCUCUACUAGCUUCCCUAGCUUUCGGGCCCCUGUCUGCUACCUUCCUUCACCUUCCGCUACAAGAAAAAGGCAUCACCCACAUUCCGGAGUACAAAACAGUAACGAUGCAGCCUGGUGACGAAUGGUAUGCUAUAGUGGCGUCUGAUGGUAUCUGGGAAUUCCUUACUGCGGAAGAGGUCGUAAAAUUUGCCGGGAAAAAGCUGCGUUUGAAGGGAGUAAAGGAGACUAAUAAGUUAAGAGAGACUUGAGUUCUAGUCCCGAGGAAGGACUAAAGAAAGGUCUAGGUAAUAGUUGAGGACAUAAGUAAUAGUUGAGGACAUGAGGAGUACUAGUUGAGGCAUAAGGAAGGUACAUUGGGUCUGAUUUCUAACCAAUGCCCUGAUCGAUAGCAGUCGCAAACGUUGGGCACAAGUAGAGGGCGACUAUUGCGACGAUAUCGGGUCGAUUUUAGUUCAGUUUAACGCAGGCGCGGGUAAAGGCGGCGCAUCGGCAGCUGGCGGAUGCAAUCAUGUGGUGCACACUGGUAUUCUCUGAGCAUAGAACCACUAGAAGGACGAUAUUAGACAGUUACUCCAUUUAAGCUUUCUGAAUUUUUAUACUCAGCUCCAUGAUCAUGUAGUAGUAGCUUAGUCUGAUACAACUGUUUCUCAACACUGUUUAGACGUGUCCCGAUACGCAACAGGUUGUUCCUCCAGUAGAGUAGUGCUUUUGGGGAGGAGUGCAGAGAUGUUAUAAUAGUAAAGUUCACUAAGGAGUGUCAAUAAGUGCUGUGCCGACUAGGAGCACAUGUGGUACAUUUUGCAAGUUCUUUUUCUUAGUUGGUAGUCGAUUUUUUCAUGUGGGUUUUUGAUUCAUCUCCGAGUAGGUUGUGUUAACGCAUGCUAGUAUUUUUGAACAUUGAGGUCCGUUAUCCCAACUAGUCUGGUUCGUCCUCUUAUUUCCAUAGUGGCCACCACCUCCUAACAGGUAUAUGUUUUCUUCCGUGAGAAUUAGCAUGUUUAGCAUUGUCUUUAUCUAUCCUGUGGUAGAAAUUUUUUACCCUUCUACGAACAAUGUAUUCAAGUUUUUCCCUUUCAAACUUGAAUCAACCAUGAUGUGCUAUGGCUUGCACAGCGCAGUGUACAGAAAAGAUUUAAAGAAUUACAUGGUGUGCUCUUUUUUGGUUUAGUUUUCGGAGAGCGCUUCUUCGCUGUUGCCAGUAAUGUCAUGAUUCUUUCUACCCGCGAUAGAACAGUUUUCAGUAUCAUGGCGGAUUCUUAUUUUGAGGAUUUUCUGCAUCAUAAUGAUAAUCUAUCGUACCUUUCAUGAAUGAUAAUCUAUUGAGUUCUGUGUGCAGAAAGAAACAAUGUAGUUUUUCACGGUCUUUGCAAGGUAAAAUGUUUCCCGCGUUAAGACCUGCAGCAGGCUUGAUGCGAACUGCAAACGCGGGCUUGGGUUCGCACGAAAGGAAGUUACUUUUUCGCAGGUGA